GAGCGGGCCGCGGGCGGAAGAGGGAGGACCCCCGCGCGCCAAGGGGCCCCCCGCUCGCGCGCCCCGCGGGGUUGUCAUGGGCAUCUCCUAGGCGACGGGCUCCGCACCAAGAUGGCGGAGGAAAAGGACCGGGAAGGAACAGAGGCAAUAGUGGCAGAAUUUCAUAAGAAGAUCAAAGACGCCUUUGAAGUGUUUGACCAUGAAACAAAUAAUACAGUAGACGUGAGAGAGAUUGGGACAAUUAUCAGGUCACUGGGAUGCUGCCCUACUGAAGGAGAGCUACAUGAUUUCAUUGCAGAGGUAGAGGAAGAGGAACCAACUGGAUACAUUCGAUUUGAAAAAUUUCUUCCAGUGAUGACCAGAGUACUUCUGGAAAGAAAAUACAGACCAAUUGCUGAAGAUGUCCUUCUUAGAGCUUUUGAGGUUUUGGAUCCAGCUAAACGAGGAAUUCUGACUAAGGAAGAACUGGUCAAGUACAUGACCGAGGAAGGUGAGCCUUUUUCUCAAGAGGAAAUGGAAGAAAUGUUAUCUGCUGCAAUUGAUCCUGAAUCAAAUUCCAUCAAUUACAGGGACUACAUAACAAUGAUGGUGAUAGAUGAAAAUUAAAUGUUCCAAAGACUUAAUUUCUUUUCUCUUCUUUUAAGAUAACUGUAAACUAAUUGAAAGAUAGUUUGAAAAAUUGCUUGUUCUGAUUAAUUUCACAUUUUGGCUUGUAAUUUUUAUAUUUAGUGCCUUGUACCAUAAUUGUUUCAAGGUAUUCUAGAGAUGACCAAUUUAAAACAUAAAUUUGUUUAAUAUGACCAGAUUCAUGGAAUGACAAGUUGAUUAUUUAAAAGAAAUUAUAAAAUAUUUUAGCAUUAAAUGUAUUAUUGCUUAUUUUCCACAACUAGGCCAAUGUUACCUUGAAAUUAAUUAAACAAAAAAUGAAGAUUGAUCCUAGCACCCUAAGACUGGCAUAGAAGGAAAGCUCUUGUGGGGCAGAAUGGGCCCGGCCUGGACAUGGACGGCACUGUGGUGCUGGCUGCUUUUUAGAGCCGCGUAAACACUUGAGCAGGCUGAGUGUGAAGGGAGAGCGACUGGAGUAACCACUAAUAAUUGAUUUCUUGUGAAUGCCAAUUACAAAUCUCAUUUGGGAGUCUAAUAACUUUGUGUAAAAUUGAAAUUUGCUCAUCCAGCAUGUUGCCAUUUAUGGAAUAGCUAAAGGAGGUGAGAUAAUUGAGUCCAGAGAAAGGAAGACUGAAUGAGAACUGAUAAUGGCAAUUCCUCUUUAGAAUCCUCAGCUAUUCAGAAUAUCUGUCAUGGGAAUAUUGUCCUGAGGCCUGAGUGUAUUGAGCCUGUUGUUAUCAGAAUGUAGUACCUGAAAUGGACUGACUCCAUAAGAAAGAGGUUCAUUUAGCUCACAUUAUAGAUGGUCAAGGUCCAGGCAGCAUUGUGUACCCUGAGCUAGGGCCACUCUUGCAUGCAUCUCGCCAAAGUGCAGCUAGCCAGACAGGAGCACAUGGUUGAGCAAGCAGGAGAGAGAGGCUGGGAGGGAGUCAGCUUUGCUCGUUUACAAUGGUCCUCUCACAAGAAUUACUCUCUAGGCUGUGGAGAUGGCUCAGUGGGUAAAAGCAUUUGCUGAGUAUCAUUAGAUAGCAUGCUGGAAGCUGGAGGUGGAUGAUGGAGAAAUUCUAAUUAAUCAAGGUCACAUUUUAGGGAGGGAGAUUUGCAAGUCAAUCAGCAAUCACAUCAGGGGACUGAAUAUUGGACAAGAGAAGCAGGUGGCUAAGCCUGGUGGGCUGAGGGUGCUUUCUAGAGGACAGACUAAGACAAGUAGCACAUGACUUACAAACUUAAUAGUUCUUAAGUUUGGAAAAACAGUCAUACUCUGAGUAGUUACUUCAGGGCACAGAGCACAUCAGCAGGACAGCGGAUCAAAACCCCAGAGGUGUCAUGAAACACAAGAAUCUGGGAAUUGAAAGUCUGGUUUAUAGA